UGGAAUGGAAUCUCCACAACCGGAUUGGAAUGCCUCGUGAAAUUGCAGUGCUGCGCAGUCAGCAGCCAGAUCUGUGGACAUCAGCUACGGUAGAUGCCAGUGCCUGCCGGACUACUAGUAUGACAGCCGAGAAGCCAAAGCUACAAGAAUCCAACCACGGGACAAACCAUGACAGAAGCCAAUCGUCCCGAAGAUAACCAAUUCGACAAUGCCGACUACGGCAGUACCAUCGACGAAAGUAGGUCUUCCGCCAUUGAGGAGUCCAAUGUCCUAGAUGAGAGAUCCGAUGAAGACAGAGUGUCCUCGUGGUUAUCCAUCACGGGGAGACUCGCUCUGCUUGCCGCAAUUUUUUUGUUUCUCCUACAAGGCAGCAAUAAACCAACUGCCACCACAAAUCCACAGAGCAAUCACAACUUGCACCAGGUGAAAAUGCUGGGAAAAGUUAAGCGUAGCCCAUCGGACACUCCUUUUGUUUUUUCUCAGCGAGUUGAUCAUUUGGAUGAUUCAAAUCAAGAUACGUUUCAACAGCGCUACUAUCGCAAGUCUGAAUUCUUCAAAGGUCCAGGUCAUCCAAUCUUUCUAAUCAAUGGUGGGGAAGGCGCCAUGAAUGAAGGUUUGUUUUACCCCUUCGUUGACACUUUCUUGGCCAAGAAAUUUGGUGCCUAUGUCCUACACCCAGAACAUCGCUUCUAUGGGCAAAGUCAGCCUGUGGACGCUCUCCUGUUGACUCAUGAUGACUUGAAGAAGUACCAUACGGCUCGACAAGCCAUGCUGGACUUCAUUACAAUUGUCAAGACCUAUCAGGAGAAACUAGGAUGCUCUCCUCACAAACACUCCAAGCACUACUGUCCUGUGAUCUCUGUUGGGGGCUCCUACCCAGGUUUCCUCAGUGCUGUCAUGCGACUUCACUACCCAGACACAAUUGACAUUGGGUAUGCCUCCUCCGCACCCUUGUUGCUCUACUCUAUGGAUGCCGACCAAUGGGGAUACAUGGAAAAAGUGACAAAAGUCACAGACAGUGCCCGUCCUGGGUGCGCCGAGGCUGUGAGGCAGACCUUGGCUGAAGUGCACGAGGCAAUCCUUGCAAGCGAUGACUACGUGCAGUUUGCCCACGAGAAGCUAAACGUUUGCCCAGGAACCUUGCCCGUGUAUAUACACUCGAAUGACCUACUGAGCAAAGAAGCGAUGAUGAUCGUGGAAUACACCUUUGCUGACAUGAACAUGGGGUUCUACCCACCCGAUGAUACCACAGACUUGGUAUUCACGUGUGACAGGAUAUUCCAGAACGAAACCAUGGACUCUUUUGGCAAAAUCCAAGAGUUCUGGAAGCAUUUGGAAGACAAUAUAGACACCACGCUGCCUUGCUUUGACAUGAGCUCCCAAAUGCCAGAUGGUCCUCGGGCAACCAUAUCAGGAUCUGACUGGUCAGGUGUAGGGCCAGGGUAUGAUGGCAUGAUGUUUGACUUUCAUUGCUGCUCCACACUGACCCCUGCAUUGGGCUUCUCCCACAAAUCCAUGUUCCCCUACCGCAAGUGGACUUUGGAAUGGCUCACUGAGCACUGCCUGGAUCGAUUUGAUGUUGUCCCUGAUCCCCUGAAGCUUGUUCAUGAGUUCAAGUUCGAUGAUCUGGUGGGGCAGGGAGCAAGUCGCAUUCUGUUUACCAAUGGUAUGAAUGAUAUCUGGUCGGAAGGUUCCUACCUGGAGUCAUUGUCAGAUUCCAUUAUUGCUAUCAACAUGCCAAAUGGAGCCCACCACAGUGAGCUCUACUAUAUGAAUGAGGAUGGGAUUGACACAGACGAUGUCAUGCAAGCCCAUGAUGACAUUGCGGACGUCUUGGAAGGCUGGCUGAAGGAAAUCAAGAAGAAGAUGGUGCACUAACUAAGUUGCAUCUUUGCUAGCAGCAACAAACUGGGCCGGAGGUAGCCGACUUUUAGAGUUUACACAUACAUGAUUAGAUGGUAGAUGGAAGAACUUAGACCUCCAACGAAUGUGCAUGGUGAAUGCAAGGCUCCAGUGAGUGAGCCACCGGUGGAAUUAAACGAUACAUGUACUAGUGCACAUCAGCUCUUUAGAAAGCAUACUGAACGGAGUGGAAUAUCUAGCUAGCUAGGCAGCAGUGGCAUUCUGAAUAACCACAAUCAUCGUCUUCUUGUCCAUCUGGCUGGCUGCCGGUGGGUCUACCGUGCCUUUCUGUGGCUGAAAUUCCGGGCUCAGCUGCUCUUCACAACAUGGUGUAAAGAACGUCUCCGAACAAAACAAGCUCGCGACUGCAGGUUCAAAGUCGGGACUGCUGGGUCCCUAGCCUAGCACGGCAUCCUCGGCAUCGGAUAGUGGA